CCACAACUAGAAGAGGGGAUCUCGAUAUAAAAGCUGUCCCCAGAGUUACAAAUAGCAUCAGAUACUGCAUUUCACCACACCGUCAUUACGAUUAGAAGAAACAGCACGACAAGCAUUACCCCGACAUGCGCUCGUUCUUACUGUUCGGGCUUGUCGCCCUCACCUUCUCCACCAUUUGCGCCAAAGAAAGAAGAUCGGAGAACAAAUUCCGGCGAUACGGGCCAUUUCCCAUGAAGGAUAAAAGAGGUACAGAUUAUGUUCCGGGUCAUAUAUCGUCCGGUCCGCCCUCCGGCCUCUUCCAGCCUAUAAUGGCAUCCAUCGCUGGUAACUCGUUGACACGAGCUGUGGGGAGCUAUCAACAUGGCUUCGAACAGGCUAGUGGAGGUCACGGUUCACCCCUCUCAUUACUAGGAUCGGCAAGCGUUGGGGCUGGUCAUGGAUUGAAUUCAAUGAGCAUCAGUCUCGGUGGUCACAGUGGACAAGCCGUCUACGCACUUCCUGCUUCCUCGAUAAUGUCAGCAUCGAAGACAGGCCCUGUCAUGUUCGCUUACCCAAACGGAUUAGGAUACAGUGGCUCCAGUUACGUUCGACCAAUCUAUUCCAACAGUAUCCAAGGCCUCUCGAGUUAUACUUCUGGAUCACACGGAUCAAGUUCACCGGUCGAAGUGGCUUCCUACGGAGACCUCUCCACCACCGCACUCCAGGGAAUUUCUCAACACUCCAGCACAACUGGUGGUCAUUCCUACAACUUGCCAGGAUCAUCGCAAUCUGUCUCAGGAGGACUAGUCUUCCUGGAAAAUCCCCAGAGUUCUUCAUCCUACAGUCACCUCAGCCCUUCCACCUCCAGUCACUCAUCACCCAGCUAUCACAUUGGAUUGUCCAGCGGAUCAUCAGACAGCUCCAGCUACCAAUUGCCCAUUUCUUCUCACACAUACUCCGCAGACCUUGGAUCGUACUCGAAGCACCGUCAGGCCCCUUUAUCAUCGUCCGGCAGUUCGUACGCUGCACCAGGCAGUGCAGCAUACUCCUUACCCAGCACCAGCUAUGGGAUACCCAGUAAUAGUAUCAUCACAUCCCAUUCGGGCGCCAGUUCAUCGGCCCCAACUGUCCAUUAUUCACCACCGAGUUCUUACAUGCCAUUGCAUUCGACCUACACUACUGCUGCCUCAGAUGACUCCAGUUCUAGCAUCAAUUACGCUUCACCAAGCGUUUCAUAUUCGCAAUCCGAGUAUCCUAAUCACUCCCAGGUAUCUUCCUACGGGCACCCGGAACAACAAGCUUCUUACUCACAUAUAAGUCCAGUUCAGAGUAGCCACACCCCAGUGAAAGGCUAUAAUGAUGAGUACUCAAUUCCCAAAUACGACACCAUCUCCUAUUCCAGCCCUAGCGAAAAGUAUUAAAGACCAAAUGUCUUAUCCACUUGCUAUAUUAUUUUAUUUAUAAUUUUAUUUAAGUCAAAGCUACUUGUCAUUGUCACCACUCACGUUUGUACUUUCAUACCAAUCAUGCUCUGAAUAUAAUAUUCAAUAAAAAGAAGGUGAAAUUCCAA